CCCAAUCAGAACACGUGUCGCAAUAUGAUUUGCUAAACAAUCGAUUCCUCCGCCGGUUGCCAGCCUUAUAAAUACCAACCACCUUUCACUCAUUUCCGCCACCAUAUUAUUAUUAUUAUCAAACCACCGUUCAAGAUGCAAAUCUUCGUGAAAACCCUCACCGGAAAGACGAUAACCCUAGAGGUAGAAUCGUCAGACACAAUCGACAACGUGAAAGCCAAGAUCCAAGACAAGGAAGGAAUUCCACCAGACCAACAACGUCUAAUUUUCGCCGGAAAACAGCUCGAAGAUGGAAGAACCCUAGCUGAUUACAACAUCCAAAAGGAAUCCACUCUUCAUUUGGUGCUUCGUCUUCGUGGAGGGAUGCAGAUAUUUGUUAAGACUCUUACUGGGAAGACGAUCACACUUGAAGUUGAAUCAUCGGACACCAUUGAUAAUGUGAAGGCUAAGAUUCAGGAUAAGGAAGGAAUUCCUCCGGAUCAACAGAGGCUGAUCUUUGCGGGGAAGCAAUUGGAGGAUGGCCGUACUUUGGCUGAUUAUAACAUUCAGAAGGAGUCCACUCUGCACCUUGUCCUGCGUCUUCGUGGAGGUUAUUAAUGAAGAAAAGGAUUAUUUGAAAAGCUUCAAUAUAUAUAAAUGAUGUAUGUGAUGUGUGUGUUUGUGCCAAUGUGAUGCAAUGUGACAAUAACAUAUGUAUUAA